AUGUUGGGUAUAUCCGAGUAUAUCCGAAGUAACUUUUCUCUGGUUAUCUGGUUAUCUUGUGGGUAUAUCCGAGGCGGGGUCGUAGCCGGCGACUCCAAGGAGCUCUCCCUAAACCUCGGCACCUUCCUCGAUUCCGGGCCGUCGCUCCGAUUCUCGUACUGCCUGAAUGAUUCCAAGAACCCUUUUGGCUUCGUCUUCAAGACUGGCGUCAGGCACUUUGGGUCGCCGGCGAACAGUCCCGUGAUGAUGAGCGCCGAGUUCAACCUCGUCGGCGGCCGGAAUCAUAGUUUCUUCAUCCACUUCAAACCCAAUGUCGGAGACUUCUCCUUGAAGAAAUCCCACUCCUCCGACCUUGUCAAGUGCCUCGGGGAGAAGCCGAGCGGCGGCGGCGGUCGAGUCGAAGGCGGCGGCGGGGUGGUGGUGGGCGAGCUGCUGAAGGGGACGGAGCUAGGCGCAAGGAUCCGCGUGCCCUUGCGGGAUCUCGCCGUGGUGAAUUUCCGGUGGGGGCUUAGGGAUCCACCUCGGGCGGAUGAGAUGGACACGGUGGUUGUGGGGAGGAAGGGCAGCGGUGAGUGGCCGGGCGGCUUGGUUAGAAUGCCGCUACUGGUGAUGAACAAUAUUGGAAUCGAACAUGUGGUGAGAUCCAAGGAGUCAAAGGUGGGGCCCGGUGAUAGGCCCGAAAAGCUGCUGACCGAGGCGUAUUUGGAUGUGAAGAAGCAACUGGAGGCGAUUCAUGCUGAGAAUGGGUUGUUGGGCAAGGCUCUGAGAGAAUUGAAGUCGGAUAUGGCUGCCGGGAAAAUGGACUUCUUGCAGGAGAGUCGCCGGGGUAGGUAUUCUGGUGGUGAGGCUGACCGGAGGGUCACUGGGGAUAAGAAAUCGUUGGAAGUGAAAGGCUUUGGUGGCCAAAACGGGUCGAAGCGUUUGUGA